AUGUCUCGUAUCCCUACAUCAGUCGAGUCUGCUGAGUUCGCCUCUGACGUGGCUGAGAUCAAGCAGUGGUGGCAAUCCGAACGUUGGACCGGCAAGCGCCGCUUGUACUCGGCGGAGGAUGUUGCUCGUCUUCGUGGUCAGAAGGCCGGCCGCACCAAGUACCCUGCUGAUGCUAUGAGCAAGAAGCUGUGGACGUCCUUCAAGGAAGCUCAACGGACUGGUGGUUUCCUUCCUACCUUCGGCGCCCUGGAUCCUGUUCAAGUGACUCAGAUGGCCAAGUACCUCAAGACCAUCUAUGUCUCAGGCUGGCAAAGCUCCUCAACGGCCUCCACUUCUAACGAGCCCGGCCCUGACUUCGCCGACUAUCCCUAUAACACCGUCCCGAACAAGGUUGACCAACUUUUCCGUGCUCAAGUGUUCCACGACCAGAAGCAGCAUCAGGAGAGGUUUGGUAUGACUGAGGCCGAACGCCAGGCUACUCCGGCUGUUGAUCACUUCGCCCCCAUCAUUGCUGAUGGUGAUACUGGUCACGGUGGUUUGACUGCAGUGAUGAAGCUUAUGAAGAUGAUGGUGGAGCGUGGUGCAGCUGGUGUCCAUCUCGAGGACCAGAAGCCUGGCACCAAGAAGUGCGGUCAUAUGGGCGGCAAAGUGCUCGUCUCUACUAGAGAACACAUUGACCGUCUCGUGGCCGCUCGGUUGAUGACCGACGUUCUCGGUGUUGAGACUAUUAUAGUUGCUC